CCUACCUGAACAGGUAAUGUUAAAUAAUGUUUACACAAAUAAUUACGCAUAUCGUGUCGGCUAGAUAAGAUCUGUGACAUGAGUAGCCGGGGACGGGUUGCAACUUACGUUUAAGGUUAUUUCGCUAAAAUUGUUAUGUGGAAAACGUCAAAGGUGAAGACUUCGGAAACUUUGUCCUGACUCCUGUGAUCACCUGUGGCUGUGACAGUUGACACAUGAGGAAUUUUGUCAGACGUCAAAUAAUACCAUUCACACAGAGUUGAAGGACGCUAUUCAUGUAUACCUUCACAUAUAAACGCGAAAACUGGAACAUGGCUUUAUAUAAUGGACAUAUGUACAUGAAUGAUCUUUAAAGUGGUAGACAUUAUUUACCCAUCAUGUCUCUUCGUGUGAGGCUAUUAUUCAGCUUUCCACAUUACCAAAUACUUGCAGUUACUAUCAUUCUAUCAUUGGUUGGUGUGAGUGAAAUAGUGCUUUCUGUCCUUGGCUAUGUGCAGAAGAUAUGGGGCUACGAGAUGGGAGGAGGAAUAUGGGGCGGAGCUGCUGCCUUUGUUGCUGGUGUAUUGGGUAUAUUUGCUGCUAAUAAGAAAGGAGUAGGCAUUGUCCGACUGUUUCUGAUUUCGUCAAUACUAUCCUGUUUCCUGUCUAUUCCUGUGAUGGUGUUAUCUGCUGGUGGACUCGACUUCAAUAGUGGUUUUUACAGGAACAUACAGGGGUAUAUGAAGAUUGGCUACAGCUCCACUAAACUUGUCCAUGGGUUUUUACUGGCACUAGCAGUUGCUCAGUUUACCAUAUGUUUGACAACAACUCUUGUUUGUUUGAAACAUUUAUACUGGAACGAAUGGGUAAUCAAAAGACAACAUGCCAGGCAUCUAAGGCAGAUAAAAGAAGAAAACCAAGCAAACAGACACCGAGCAAGACGUGCAAGCACAGGCAGUUCUGCACCUUUAGUGGCAGGAAAUUCUGGAGAAAACCCCAGCAGGAGGCAUCGAAAACACAAACAUCGAACGAGACCAAGGAGUAGAAGUAGUGCAAAUUGCAGUCGUGGCAACGAGUCUGUGGUCAAUCAUGCAUCACACGGUGAUACCCCUGAUGAGCGAAGACAUGGACAGAGUCACAGAAGGGAGAAUGGGUCUGAUGCUCCAAACUUUCAUGCAAUUACAUCUGCAAAUGAUCCACUCAUAUCAGAUGCAUCAAGAAUACCUGAAGUUGGAUCAAACUUGAUGAGUGUUAACAGUGCAGAAAUACUAUCGCAUAACGUAAGGAGCAAUGGGUAUGAUUCUUUAAGAGCUUGUGAUGAGCUUGAAAAUUUUCAGCCUCCAUUACCUAUAGAGGAUGAUGAGGAAUUGCCUCCUUAUGAGGCAACAUUAAGGCCUAUUGAUGAUGAAUCUGUGUUUCCGAUGUCAAUAAGUGAAAAUGUAUCUUGUAGGAGUUCAACAAUUUCAUCUGGAGAUGAAGAAGUACAAGCAUGGGACAGUGUCUCUCAAAUACAAAAGCAUAAACCAACAAGCCCUACACAUUCUUAUCUGAACUGUGCCCAGGAAACAGAUGUCAAAUAUAAAUACUGCCCUACAGCUUCAGUACUGUCCGAUUCUUCUUCCCUCCCAAUUGGCUCAAAUGUGUUUAUAAACAGUGAAAACAACAAGAAAUUGGGAAAUAACAAUGAUCAAACUGUCAGUGAUAAUAAAAUGACUGAUCCGCAAGGUGUGUCUUACCAUGAAUUUACACGUGAUAGUGAUAAAAUCAUGGGAAAGGAAAAACAAAGGACACAAAGCUUUCUACAGGAGCGUGCAAUGGCUAAGGAGGGGGCCAAGAAUGCCAGUAGGAAAAGCUCUGUUCAGGACAACUCUGACAGAGAGGAUGAUAAGUACAAUAUGAUAUCUCCUUUAGACUAUCAAGAAAUACAGAAACCCUGUUUUCUACCACAGACCAAUCAACCUCCACCAAAACCUCCUCGACAAGGUGUCAUAGAAUCAUGUACCAUGCAUGAAAUACUACAGCAGAAAGGAUCAGACUUUCUUCAAAAUAAAUAUGAUAGCAAUGAUUCUACAUCAUCCCUUUCUAAAGACAUCCAGUUCAUAAAGGAAGGACCUCCGAUGCAGCAUGCACCUUCUGAGGGAAAGCUACCAGAAACACCAGUAUCACCAUUCUCAGAGGUUUCAUGGCAUUUACUCAAAGACUUUCCAUCAAAGCAAUCUCAAUCAGAAUUAAAGGUUGCAAUGGGUGCCAAACCAAAAGCACAGCCUGUACCACUUGGUAUUCAAAAUCGUGUGGUCACUAGUGAAUUACACAAAGCAAAAUUUCUUGGUGAUCAUAAACAAUUACCUGAUCAGACUGUACCAAAGGAAUGUAGCUUAAGCAAUGUUUCCGAAUCAAUGAACCAUAGACAAAGACAGAUUCAUCAACUGUCAAGGCUUUCUCACCCACCAAAAUCAGCCAAGAGUUCCACUAUUUUAUCAGAUAAAUAUUCCAAAGGUUUCCUGGCAACACCAAACUCAUCAACUGGCAAGGAAAACGGACAGUCUUUUUGUUUAACUGCAGUUAACAUCUCUAAUUUCUCCCCCACACAAACAAGUACCAUGAAGAAAGAUAUGGAUAAUCGUGUCAGGAAACCAAAAGCAGCACUUACUAGUGCAUUGGGUUCUAGCCCUAUUGUCCCACUCCAAAACAAAUCUGAUUCGUCUAACUAUAAGGGAGGAAAGUAUGAGUUAAAUCCUAAUCCAGAUAUAUCUAGAGGACUGAGUUCACAAAAUGAUACACAAACUAGAGAUACUGUGUUACAAAAACAUGCAGAUAUCGACAACGUCACUAAUGAAAAUAGAAACAGUAACAACUUAUCCAUGGCAAAUGUUUCUGCUACUAAUACUUCUGACCUUCCUGGAGCAUCAGCUUGCAGAAAGCAUUAUAGAGACAACUGUGAAAUGUUGGAUGCCGUGAUGCCUGUCGGAACUGGCCAAGUUCCAUUGGAUCGAUCAGAUACAUCUAGUGAAGCUGUAGGAGUUGGUGCUUAUAUGUCCACUCGACCUAAUACACAACAAAAUUAUACUCAACAUAAACCACAAACAACUUUUACGCAACAAACAAAUUCUACACAACCUUAUCCAUUACAACUGUCAAUACCUUCACAAAACCCAUAUUCUACAGGAAAGUUAAAUAAGUCAAAACAAAACAAAACUUCACAAUCAAAUUCUACACAACAAAAACCCUCACAACAAUCAAAUCCUAUGCAACAAAACCCAUCACAAUCAAAUCCUACACAACAAAACCCCUCACAACGAUCAAAUCCUAUGCAACAAAACCCUUCACGACAAUCUAAUUCUACACAACAAAACCCCUCUCAACAGUCAAAUUCUACACAACAAAAUCCUUCACAUCAGUCAAAUCCUACACAUCAAAAUAAACCUAUGUACAGUUUGCUGUUGUGAGCUUUAAUAUCAUCUAUAUUUAAUAUAAGUGGUGCUCAUAACUUGAUGUAAUACAAAGUUAAAUUAUUUAGCAAAUAUAUUCAUUUUCCUGCAUUUUCAUGAAAUUAUAUAUCACUGUGAUGAACCAUCUAACAACAUGAAGUUAUAUAUCCCUGUGAUGAACCAUCUAACAACAUGUAGUUACAUAUCACUGUGAUGAACCAUCUAACAACAUGUAGUUAUAUAUCACUGUGAUGAACCAUCUAAUAACAUGAAGUUAUAUAUCACUAAGAUGAACCAUCUAACAACAUGUAGUUAUAUAUCCCUGUGAUGAACCAUCUAAUAACAUGUAGUUAUAUAUCACUGUGAUGAACCAUCUAAUAACAUGUAGUUAUAUAUCACUGUGAUGAACCAACUUACAACAUGUAGUUAUAUAUCACUGUGAUGAACCAUCUAAUAACAUGAAGUUAUAUAUCACUAAGAUGAACCAUCUAACAACAUGUAGUUAUAUAUCACUGUGAUGAGCCAUCUAAUAACAUGUAGUUAUAUAUCACUGUGAUGAACCAUCUUACAACUUUUAGUUAUAUAUCACUAUGAUGAACCAUCUAACAUCAUGUAGUUAUAUAUCACUGUGAUGAACCAUCUAAUAACAUGAAGUU